AGAUUUGGGUGUAUAAAUACAGGGCAGAGGCAGAGGAGAAGGCAGCUCAGAUUCAACUGGCUCCUCAAACCGAGCAGUAACGCGCUGACUCUACAGCUAUGGCACCCACUGUUUUUGGACAAGCAAGCUUUUCUAAGGAACACCUGACUCCUGCUCAUAAGCUGAGAAAGCCAAUGGUGGAGAAACUGCGCAGAGACCGCAUCAACACCAGCAUUGAGCAGCUGAAAGCCCUGCUGGGUCCUGAGUUCCUCAGGCAGCAGCCCGACUCCAAGCAAGAGAAGGCGGACAUCUUGGAGAUGGCCGUGUCCUAUCUGAGAGGCUGGCAGCAGCAGAAGCAGAAGCAGCAGCAGCAGGCCAGCGUGGCCUCUGGCCUGAUGACAGACAGUGACGGCUACUCCCGCUGCGUGCAGGAGGCUGUCAGCUUCCUGUCCCACUGCGAGGUCCAGACUCAGGCCCACAGACGGCUGCUCAGCCACUUCCAGGACCUGCGGGCAUCCAGCAGGACCAGCCACAGUCCCUGCACCCUCUCCCCUCCUGGCUCUCCGCUCCAUCAAGUCAGCUCCAGCAAGGGUGUGAGCCAGGCCAGCUGUGCUCUGUGGAGGCCCUGGUAGGAUGGAGGCAAUGUCACCUCCACACAGAGAGAAAGAGAACUACGUCUGUGAAUGUCAUGGACAGAAAGUUGAAGACUCACUGAAGUCUGUUUCCUUUUGCUUUGGCAGGAGAUUCAAUAUUGUUGGGUGUUUUACUAGUGUGGCGAAAUGGGCACAACGUGCCAGUAUUCCUUUGGAAGGACUAAAAUGAUUCAGGUUUUACUGAAUAUGUACACCAUGUGUAUACAUGUUAUACAGUUUAUAAUUUAGAGUGUUUACUCUGUGAUUGUGUUAAUUGUUCCUCUGGGGAAAAACAACUCCUGAUUUUUUGUUCAUUUUGCAAACAUCACUGAAUUAUCAGUGUUGUAACACCCACAUUGGGUUGAAAUUAUUGAAGUGUCCGAGACACUAUUUGAUUUAUGUGUUUAAACUACUGUCUAUCUUUGAUACUGAGUAUCACUGACUGAUGCAUUACAUGCGCUUGCUGUUGAUGAAUCAACAACAUCCCAUACAUGGAUCCCAUGGAUCCACUUUUACUGUAAAUCGUAUUAUGAUUAUACUUAUGACUCCAUGUAACCAUUAUUUGGCCUAUGUGUGAAGGAGUGUUACUGUUGGACUUGUACCUGUUAACUGUUCAGUUGUGAUGUUCAUAAUAGAUGUUUUUUUCAUCUUCAAAUGAUUACCUUUUAUAAAGGCAUUUUCAAUAUUUACUAAAAGAAUCUGUUGAAUUGCUUCCUUGAGAAGUUUGCCGUUGAAUUUUUAAAAAAUAAAUGGAAAACUUCACAUGAAGUUUUGCAAACAUAAA